AUGUUCCUCCUGACUGUUUGGCUGGGGUUAUUUGCAGUGCUCACCUUCAAGAAUGAGCUUCAGGCACAGACAGCAAGCUGUCCAUUUGGUUGCUUACAAGAGGUAAAUUGCACUAGCAGCAGAAUAUGCCGGCUUUUCAGUCACUGGAGAAGAAUACAACGAUCUGCAAGGAAAACUGAAUACUCAGUGCAAAAGUGCAGUCACAUCUCCCCUUGCUACACGAAGUAUGGACAGGAGGAAAGUUGUGGCCACAAAAUCGGGCAACCAAGAAAUCUCACAGUACUCCCAGGCAAUCACAGCCAAUGUCCAGAGCAGGAUACCUUGGUGGUUCAGUGGUACCCAAGUGAAUAUGGAAUUUUGUUCCUGCAGGGCUUCAUUGUUGAGCUGAAGUCUGACUCAGGGUACGGCGUUCUGUCUAAAUGUCAGCAAAUCAUCAUUAACAAGAGAGGAGUGCUUCAGAACGAGGACGCCAGCAUGGUUUUGGGAACAACGUUUUGUGUUCCUUUGAGUACAACAUACUCCAUCAGAGUCCGUGCUUAUCCUGUACCAAUGGGCACAGAGAAAGACAAGGAUAUCUUUACCGAAGUCAUGUUCACCUCUAGAACUUGCAAAGAGGUUUAUGGUGCACAUCACUGUGAAGGCUGUCUCCACUUAGAUCUUUAUGCUGAAAAUGAAUGUUAUAAGAAUUGGGCUCCUACAAAUAUCACCAUUUUUGGGAGCAAUAAAACAGUUAGUAUUGAAUUUGACUCAGCACCCGAUGAAUAUAACAUCAGAUAUUAUCUCGUCUACUACAGAGGCUUUGAGGAAGAAUCCUGGAGGAUGAAGAUGGUGCCACACAAAAAAAGUCAGGGGAACAGCAGAUUGAAAGACGUCUUGGAGAACUUUAAGCCAGGGGUAAACUACACUUUCAUGGUGUCUUCUGACUUAACUGAUUCAGCUUGUAAAGAAGUCUACUAUGUUUUUCCAGAGACAGAGAGUGUCCCCAAAGUUGUGUUUAUAGUGGCUCCCCUACUGGUCAUGGUGACUGGAGUUGCCUUGGGGUUUAUUAUUGCAUUUGUGUGCUCUGCCAAGAAGAAAGUUGCAGGUGGUCUGAAUGAAGGUGAAGAGUCCUUUGGCAGGUGCUUACGUGAUCCUCAGUGUCAGACAAAGCCAUUAAGGGUUGCUCCUCAUGUAUUCUUAUGCUACUCCAGCUGUGAGGGUCCGGCACACACCCAUCUGGUCCUGGCCUUUGCUCACUAUCUCCAGCAACACUGUUCCUGCCAGGUGACUUUAGAUCUUUGGGAGGAGCUUGUCAUUGCUCGUGAAGGCCACGUGUCCUGGAUGAGCAGCCACAUUGAGUCGUGUGAUUUUGUCAUCAUCAUUUGCUCCAAAACACUCAAGGACCUUGUUGACACGAAAUCUUCAGUGGAGGUUGACUUUAGGAAUUUAUUUGUGGCUUCCGUAUCUCUAGUGGGUGAAAUAUUAGGACAAGAUCUCAUUUUCAAGAGAGACAUCUCAAAGUUCAUAGUGGUGUCAUUUCAAGAAGACAUUCACCUUCAGACUCCCAGUGUCUUGCAAUUGGCAACUAAAUACAGGCUUAUGGAGGAUUUUCCCAAACUCUUCUCUCACCUCCAUUCUCUUGAACUUCUCCAGCCUGGUCUUCUACUUCAUGUUAGCAACAUUAAUCAAGAUGAUUAUUUCAUGGUGAAUUCUGGUUACCUUUUAUAUUGUGCCAUUAAGAAAUCAUAUUUCUCAUAGUAAAAUUAUUAGAAUUGGACAUUCCCUGACCACAUAUGACAACCGUCUCCUGAGGAUGCCUGUACAACAUCACUGCAUUUCCAUGCCCAGCAGUGUCACCGGGUCUGUUGAGGAUCACGCAUGUGUAAGUUAUUUAAUGUUCUGAUUACAGC